UUUCUUCAGCCAACCACCGUUUAUUAUUUUAACCCCAUGCCGCCUCACCGGCAUCAGUCACCUUGCCGUUGGAAUCUCUGUUUAACGCCACGUGUCGCUCUCUCAUUAGCCAGACUUCAAAUGUUUACCUUUUUUCCCCACCUUUAAAUUCACCCCAACUACCCUCCACAAAAAAACACAAAUUAGAGAUCCAAAUAAAGGUGAAUAUCAACGUUGGAAUUAUCAGUAAAACAAAAACAGUCUCUUAAUGAGUUCAUUAAGGCUUAUUAUGUUGACGAUUCGAAAGUGAAAGAGAAGAGUCCAGAAAAAAACUCAUAUAGCGCACUUUAUGAAAUUCGUGAAAGUGAUGUACAUGAAGGUACAACAAUUCUUAUAUAUUUAGAUACGAUACGGCCAUUUUUUUUCUUCAUUAGAGAGAAGAGAUUAGCUAGGGUUUGUUUGGGAGAAAAAUGGGAAGGAAGAAAGUGGAAAUAAAGCGAAUCGAAGAUAAGAACAGUAGGCAAGCAACUUUCUCAAAACGGAGAAAUGGAUUGACGAAGAAAGCCAAACAGCUCUCUAUUCUCUGUGAUGUUGAUGUUGCCGUAAUUGUCUUCUCUAGUCGUGGUCGCCUCUUUGAAUUCUCAAGCACUAACAGUCUGACAGGAAUUAUCCACCGGUAUAACAACCACAUGAAAGCAGAAGAUAAGGUCUCUGCAGAAGUCAAUGACACAGAGGAAUCAAAAUAUGCAAGUUUCAUGCCAAUGGAAGAACUGCUACAGGCGUUAGAGAAGCAAAUCGAGGAGCCUGAUGUCGAUGAUCUCAGCAUUACUGAUCUUGUCCAUUUGGAAAACCAAGUCGAGUCUGCUCUGACACAAACCAGAUUCAGAAAGACACACUUGUUGAUUGAAUCAAUUAAGAAUCUUCAUGACAAGGAAAAGCAGCUGAUAGAAGAAAACAAAGUUCUGGAGGAUGAGAUAGGUACCAUCAAGAACAAAGAAACAAAUGAGAAAGCAGUGAAUUUAAAUGACAUUCCACCAACCCGUAUGGAUUGUGGACGACAGAGGGAGACCCUGAAUUUUCUCUAGAGUCUAGACAGCUGAAGGCAUCACGUAUCAGAUAGAAGCUCAAGAUAAAUAACCGCCUUCCCAAAAUAUAGCAUAGCAGCUACUCCUCAAGGCGUCGGAUAUGUCAUGCCGAGGUUAUAUCUCUGCUGCAUCUUACUAGGAACUACUACUAUGUAGUCUUCUCUUGUAUUGGUGUCUGCUGGUAUGGCUGAAACACUGAAAUGUUGUGUAAGGAUAAAUAAAGAGAUACUGGUGCAGCGUCUCGAAAACUGUAUGUACUGCUGUAAUCUAAAUGACUCCGCAUAAAUUAGAGGUUAUCUAAGAAGCCAUGGCGUUUGUGGUGUACAAGUAAUUCAAAGUUUUGCCAGUUCUCUAA